AUGGAGAACGGAGCAAUGACCCAAGGCGAGGGCAAGGACCCGACAAGCUUCCUCAGCGACAUCAUCGGCAACAUGGUCACCGUCAAGCUGAACUCGGGCGUCAUCUACAAGGGCGAGCUGCAAUCAGUGGACGGCUACAUGAACAUUGCCUUGGAGAAGGCCGAGGAGUGGGUCGCCGGUCAAAAGAAGCGGUCCUACGGCGACGCCUUCGUUCGUGGCAACAACGUUAUGUAUAUUGCGGCCUCAUCAUAG